CAAUGACACGCCCUGAUACGGGGCUUCACUGGAAGUUGUGUCGCACGCUCGCUACGUGCUGUAGUGGAGUGGAUCCGAGGCCUAACAUCCAAACUGCUAGCGUUUCGGAUAAUUCACCGACUUGCUUGUGGAGUACAUACACACACACAAAACAACAUUUGACCAAUUAUUUUAUUAAGUGUCGUCUUAUUAAAGCGCGGUAUUAAAAUCGCUGCACUUUAUCUCAUUUUGAGUUUUUUCUUGUGCGAAGAGCGCGGAGGUUUAAAAGCUAGCCAGACGAGCUAGGUCCUUUAGCUAGCAAAACAAACAAACAAAGGCCACUUUUCAAGUUUGAACACUUUAUAAGAAACGUUUAUUAGUGGUUAAUUGAAGUAUUUCUCGAUUAAAGCGAGUGUUUCUCUCCGCGUAAGUGUUAAAAGGUGUAAAUGUCAUCUUUUACGCUACUUUCUUUGGACAUCAGCUAAAGUAGCUCGGUAGAUAACGUUAGGCAGUUGCGGCUGCCUGACCAAAACAUUUUGUAGGUGUGUGAACUGGUGUGUAAUUUACAGUUUAAUCCCGUAAAAAGCAUUUGUUUGCAAAGGAUACCACGUAAAUUGCAAUUUAACCCGAAAAUAACAAUUUUACAUUAAAAAAAAACAAAACAACCCAUUACUUUAAGUAAACAAAAGGAAAAAUGCGAGGCAGCUCUUCGUACGGGGACAGAGACCGAGACCGUGGACGGGACCGAGGGCCCCGCUUUGGGUCCAGUCGUGGAGGUCCUCCUCCUAAGAAGUUUGGGAACCCUGGAGAACGACUGAGGAAGAAGAAAUGGGACCUUAGUGAGCUGCCAAAGUUUGAGAAAAACUUCUACAGCGAGCACCCAGAGAUCCAGCGCAUGAAUCAGUAUGAGAUCGAGGAGUUUCGCCGAAAGAAAGAGAUCACUGUCAGGGGCUCUGGGUGCCCGAAGCCAGUGCCAAACUUCCACCAGGCACAGUUUCCUCAGUAUGUGAUGGAUGUACUGCUGCAGCAGAAUUUCAAGGAGCCCACAGCCAUCCAAGCACAAGGCUUCCCCCUGGCUCUCAGUGGCAGGGACAUGGUGGGCAUCGCGCAGACCGGAUCUGGCAAAACGCUCGCUUAUCUGCUUCCGGCCAUUGUGCACAUCAACCACCAGCCGUACCUGGAGAGAGGAGAUGGACCCAUCUGUCUGGUUCUGGCUCCAACACGUGAACUAGCACAACAGGUGCAGCAGGUGGCGUACGACUACGGCAAGUCUUCCCGAAUCAAGAGCACCUGUGUGUAUGGAGGAGCCCCUAAGGGUCCACAAAUCAGAGACUUGGAAAGAGGUGUUGAGAUUUGCAUCGCCACCCCUGGUCGUCUGAUCGACUUCCUGGAGGCAGGGAAGACCAACCUGCGCCGAUGCACCUACCUGGUGCUGGACGAGGCAGACCGCAUGCUGGACAUGGGCUUCGAGCCACAGAUCCGCAAAAUUUUAGAUCAGAUCCGGCCGGACAGACAGACACUGAUGUGGAGCGCUACCUGGCCUAAGGAGGUGCGUCAGCUGGCAGAGGACUUCCUCCAUGACUACAUCCAGAUCAACAUCGGGGCCCUGGAGCUCAGCGCCAACCACAACAUCCUGCAGAUCGUGGACGUCUGCAUGGAGAACGAAAAGGAAAACAAGCUGAUUCAGCUGAUGGAGGAAAUCAUGGCAGAGAAGGAGAACAAGACCAUCAUUUUUGUCGAGACAAAGAAACGCUGUGAUGAGCUGACGCGCAGGAUGAGGAGAGAUGGAUGGCCAGCAAUGUGCAUUCAUGGUGACAAAAGCCAGCCAGAGAGAGACUGGGUCCUUUCAGAGUUCCGCAGCGGUAAAGCUCCCAUCCUUAUCGCUACUGACGUCGCCUCACGUGGGCUGGAUGUGGAAGACGUGAAGUUCGUCAUUAACUACGACUACCCGAACUCUUCCGAGGACUAUGUGCACCGUAUCGGGCGUACUGCCCGUAGCACCAACAAAGGCACAGCUUACACGUUCUUCACACCCGGAAACCUGCGGCAGGCCCGUGACCUGGUACGCGUUCUAGAGGAGGCCCGGCAGGCCAUCAACCCCAAACUUCUGCAGCUGGUCGACUCUGGACGCGGGUCAGGAGGAGGACGAAUGCGUUACCGUAACUCCAGCUCCAACUCCAACAACCCCAACCUGAUGUACCAGGAUGAGUGCGAUAGGCGCCUGCGCUCCGGCAGUGGAAGCAGUAGCAAGGACAGCCGGGGCGGCGGCAGCUACCACCGAGAGGGGCGCUCAAGCCGUGACGACAGAUCUUCCUCCUCGUCUUCAUACCGAGAUCGCAGCCGAGAUAGCCGGAAUAGCUACAGCUCAGGCGAUCAGUACCAGAGCUACAACAGCAGCGGAGGGGGAGGGUACAGCUCAAGGGCUGGUGGAGUUUCACAGUCAGGUGGUGGCAGUAAUGGUGUGUCAGGCGGAGGGCAGCAGAACCAAUCCGGACCACCACAGGGCCCAUUUAAUCAGGGUCCUCCUCCACCACCACAGCCAGGGCCUGGACCGGGGCCACAGCCCCUGAUGGCCCAGCAGUUUGCCCCACCUCCACCACCUCAGCCCAUGAUGGGAUUUAUGGGUCCAGGGCCAUACUCGUUUGGUCCACCUCCGCCACCCCCUCCUCAGCAGCAGAGAAAAUAAAACUUUUACAUUAAAAAAAAAGAGAUUAUCUAGUAGUAGUAGUUAAUCACUCCCGAUCCACAAGAAGAGUGAAGAAAGCUCAGUAGAGAUCAGUGUUCUUUUUUUUCCUCUUUCUUUAGACCUUUUCUUUCCUCUCUGUCUCAAAGAUGUGUUGUGGCUUUUGAGCAGUUUUGAGCAGGCGUGUCAUUCAGGGGUCGUGGAGGUAAGGGCUACGCAUAUUGUUAUCUGGUCAUGUAUCAACUGAUCAUUACAUAUAGCAAGCUCUUGCACUUUGUCUGUGGGACUGCUAAGUGGAACAUUUGUUUUAAUUAAUCACAGAUUAAGGAACAUUUUUUGUUAAGAACCAGUUUUGUAUUGAGGAGAAUAAAACAUUUAACAGAUUGAUAAGAUGAUAAUAUUAGGCUACUCGUUAUUAGUACUUCUGCAUGUUACUUUUCAUUUCACAUAUUUAGCUGUUUUUUUUUUUUUUUUAACAGCUUCUCCCUCUGGGGAACUCUGAUUGUUAUUGCGCUAUGCUAGUUCCCUGUAAUGUAUAAUCGUUUCUCUUAAUAGCUGGUUUAGGCUUGUUAUUUCUGUUAGCCCGGUAGCAGUACAGAUUAUUACAUAUCAUUUCGAUGGUAGUCAUUUUUGUGAACAUGCCAGUGAUGUACUGUAGGUUGAAUAAGCUAGCUCGGGAUUACAUAACUUAGUUUGUUUUAUUUCUAAUGUCUCAUUUUUAAUAAAGGGGGUUGACCUACCAAAAAAAACCUUUGUGGGGUGCAUGAAAUUUUUUACUGAGUUCUGAUUAUUUUAGUUUAUACAGAAGAUUUAAAGCCAUUACAUUGCAGAACUUUAACUACUUUUAAUGACCACACAACAUACCCAGCUAAGGAAAUGAGUGUAGUGGUGUGGGUGCAAGUAGUGAUUGAUGAGGUGUUUGGGUUGCACUGCUUCAAGAUUACAAUCUUUAUAAUGAUAAACAAUGCUCUUCCAACGUGAAACUUUUUUCCCCCCUUCCCUCCCUCCAUCAUGAUUUUAUUGUACUGUCUGUCAGUUUCAAAUGUUCUCCAUGUGGUUUGAUCCCCCUGUCCUGUAAAUAUUAUAACACAUCCACUUUAGCUUGAUUAAUUGGAUCAGGUAUGCAGCAGCAGGGAAACCACUAAACUGUACAUGACUGGGGUAUGCGUGGAGCACAGUUGGGAACCUGUGCUUCAAGUCGAUCUCAUGAUUUGAAAUUGCUCCUGAAUGAGUGUGCAAAUGUGUGUGUAUAUAUAUAUAUAUGGGUGCAUGGUCCCUUAAACACGAGGACGUGGGGAAAAAAUCCAUUUUUAAACCCCCAAGAAAAAGAAUAACUUUAUUUACCUUAAAUACAUAUUUGCACUACAAUCUCCGUUCUCUUCCAAUACUUAAUUAUUCAUUCUCUGUAGUUCUUCAUUUUUGGCAAAUGUACAUAAUUGCAAUACGUAUACUAUUUACAGUCGGACUCAGGAAGAAAACUGGGUGGCGAGUAUGACUUCAGGCUGGAGGUGUAACCUGGAGCGUGACAGAGUGGCUGCAACACGACACUAAACUUGCAGUGUUUCUCCUGCACUUUCCCAACCAGACAAAUCCACAUCGGCCAACGUAACAAAUAUUCUUCAGAUUUCUUCUUCUUUUUUUUUUUUUAUGAUUCCUGUUCAUCUCAUCAGAGGCACGAUUACUUCAUCACUCUAUGUGCUAUAUUUGGGGGAAAACACUGUUUUAGAUUGGAAUAUUUCACUUCGAAGCUACAAAGACAAAAUAAAUAGAUGGGUGGAUCAUCAUUUCCAUGUAAAACUAAA